GGGAUAAGCAAUUAAAGGAGAAGCGGUUUCGAAGCAGACGUUUUACAGUCGGAGGGAGAAGCAAAUAAAGGGAUCUCUCUAGAGAGAGAGUGGGAGGCGGUUUUCCUUUAGAGAGAGAAAGGGAGAAUGUCAGGAAGAGGGAAGGGUGGCAAGGGUUUGGGAAAGGGAGGAGCUAAGAGGCACAGGAAGGUGCUUCGAGAUAACAUUCAGGGGAUCACAAAGCCAGCCAUUAGGCGUUUAGCGAGAAGGGGAGGGGUUAAGCGUAUCAGCGGCCUCAUCUAUGAGGAGACGAGGGGUGUUCUGAAAAUUUUCUUGGAGAAUGUCAUCAGAGACGCUGUGACAUACACUGAGCACGCCAGGAGGAAGACUGUGACAGCCAUGGAUGUGGUUUAUGCUCUCAAGAGGCAGGGGAGGACCCUCUAUGGGUUUGGCGGUUAGGGUUAGGGUUUCCGCUUGGGUUUGAAAAUGAGAGGGCCAGUGCCUCUCUCUCUGUCAUGCUAUCUUUCUCUCUCAAUUUCUCUCUCUCUCUCUUUCCCUAUAUUUCUUUCUCUCUCUACAUGUAUCUCUCUCUCUCUCUCUAUCAAUCUCUGUAGAGUGAAGGUGAAUGGUGUUUUCUUGUAGAGAUUUACUCAGGAACAUGAAUUAGGACAUGGCUUCUCUUUUCCAUUAUAUUUUGAAUGCAGUCUGUGCCGCUGUUCUUGUAGAAAUUGGCUUCUGAAAUUAAAAUUGGAAAUUCCUUUUAAUC